AUACAGGGGGAGCGUCGGGCAUCUGGAUAUAUGUUUGAGACAUACAGAAUCUGAUUUGAUACACCUGAGCACCUAGAGGAGGAGCCAACUAUGCCUCUGCAACAAAUCUCCAUCCAAAAUUGGACCCUGUCACUCUCCCCCGUCCUGCUGGGCGUGGCUUCUGCCUACGUGUGGUUCUAUCGUUCCUACAUCUGUAAGAAGCCCCGCCUUGUAUCCGACCUGCCAUUCCAGCUAUUCCUGGAGCGUUAUUGCCCCAUAGUAAAGGAAAAGUUCCGACCCACCAUGUGGUGCUUUGGAGGGAGGAUCCAGACAAUCCUGCGAGUGAUCCUGCUAUCCAAACCUCCCGUCUCCUAUAGAAAAGAAAUCCUAAAAACCACAGAUGGAGGGCAAAUCUCUCUGGACUGGGUCGAUAAUAACGAAAGCUCUCAAUUCCCUGGCGCUUCCUUGCGGCCAACGGUCAUCUUCUUGCCCGGUUUAACGGGUAACAGUCGGCAGAGUUACAUACUGCACUUAGUGCACCAGGCCAGCAGAGAUGGAUAUCGAUCUGUCGUGUUUAACAAUCGUGGUUUUGGGGGAGAAGAGCUGCUGACCCCUCGUACCUUCUGUGCAGCUAAUACUGAUGACCUGAGUGCAGUGGUGUCUCAUGUCCAUAGACAGUUUCCUGAUGCCCCAGUGCUGGCUGUCGGAGUAUCACUGGGAGGGAUGAUGCUCCUGAACUAUCUGGCUGCACAGGGCUCAUCAGUUCCUCUUUGGGCCGCGCUCUGCUUCUCCACUCCAUGGAAUGUGUUUGAGUCCACGCGGUCUUUGGAGGAGCCACUCAACUACCUUCUCUUCAACUAUUCGCUAAACAAGUCGCUGAGGAGAGCCACUGAGCAGCAUCGUCAUGUCAUUGGGAAGGCAGUAAAUGUGGAUCACAUAUUGCAGUCCCGAUCCAUCAGGGAGUUUGAUGAGCGCUACACCUCAGUGGUUUGGGGCUUUCCCUCUUGUGAUGACUACUACACUCAGGCCAGUCCUGAUUUCAAACUCAGCCACAUUCGGACCCCUGUUCUCUGUCUCAAUGCUGCAGAUGACCCGUUCUCCCCCAGUGCAGCCAUUCCUGUGUCUAAAGCCUCGUCCAAUCCCCAUGUGGCUCUGCUCAUUCCUGCCCAUGGGGGGCACAUUGGCUUCCUGGAAGGUCUUCUCCCCACCCACCAGCGAUAUAUGGACCGGGUCUUUCAGCAGUUUGUUGGGGCCAUUUUGGACCAUCGAGAUGAGCUGAACCUGGGAGAGAACCAUCAAUAUCCCAAGACCCCCAACUGGCAGAGAGAGCCCCAGUGGAAGAUAUAGAAGGACAUAUUGGAUAUUAGAAGAUAUAAAGAAGGGCAGAUAUUAAGGGUUGGCGGGAGUGGACAUUUUCUAGGGUACAGAGUCCAUUUGAUGGUCCCGGCCCCGAUACCCCACACAACUAAUUACUUGUACUGAGAAACACGACCAAGCGCAGGGAUACAUUAUGGCUUGAGACUGCAAUACUUCAACCCCCAUAUGUACAACACACUAAGUUUGCCCAGGUGCAGUAACCCAUGGCAACCAACAAAGAAACACUUUGAAACAGGUAAUCAGUUAUCACUUGCUACUAAUUAGUUACUAUAUGUGAUUAUUAUGAUCAAUGGAGAAAGCUUUGGGUGCUGAAUAAAGCAAGGUCCCCCCAUGUCUGAAUGAUGCUGCACCCACAGUUACUGUCCUGCAAGGCCAAGCAAGUGUUCCAUCCUUACUCAUGAUAAUUGGGGCACAGACACUGCACCCCCUGUCCCUAAUUAAUAUUCAAAUCCAGUUGAGUGAAUAACCUGCAUUGUUCAUGGAGUGGGUCAUUCCUCAAUUCUGUGUCACAUAAACAUCUGCUUUGGAAUAAAGACAUCAGAGGGAAUGAAACGGAA